UCUUCUUCUUCUGAUUCUUACUCUCUAUCUGCUACAUAAGCAAGCCUUUGUGACAAAUCUUGAAAACAAGUUAAAACAAAUACAAAAAUGGUGGCUGAAAACUCAAUCGAAUUUGAGUGCAAGUCCAUCGAUGAAACGAAAGCUGCAGUGCAUGGUGGCCUCAUUGAACCUCAAAUCACUGAGUUUACUUCAAUCUUUGGCCUUCCUCCAGUGGCGUCAGAUGAAAAGAAACCUUCUGUCACUGCCUCAGACUUAGCAGUCCCUAUCAUCGACUUUGCAAUGUCACGUGAAGGCAUUGUGGAGAAGAUCAAAGAAGCUUCAGAGAAGUGGGGAAUAUUCCAGGUGAUCAACCAUGGUGUUCCUUCAAGCGUUCUUGAAGAGAUAAAAGAUGGAGUCGUUAGGUUUCAUGAGGAAGAUCCUGAGGUUAAGAAAACUUACUUCUCACGCGACUUCGCCAAGACAUUUAUCUACCACAACAACUUUGAACUCUACAGUUCAUCUGCUGGUAAUUGGAGAGACAGCUUCGCUUGUUACAUGGCUCCUAACCCUCCAAACCCUGAGGAUAUCCCAGUGGCUUGCAGAGAUGCUAUGAUAGGAUACUCGAAGCACGUGAUGAGCUUAGGUGGUUUGCUUUUUGAACUUCUAUCCGAAGCUCUUGGUUUAAACUCUGAUAAGCUUAAGAGCUUAGGUUGCAUGAAGGGUUUGCUUUUGCUCUGUCAUUAUUACCCUCCUUGUCCACAACCUGACAUAACUUUGGGAACAAGUAAGCAUUCAGACAACACCUUUAUAACCAUGCUCCUUCAAGACCAAAUCGGUGGUCUUCAAGUCCUUCAUCAAGACUGUUGGGUCGAUGUCUCGCCCAUCCCCGGGGCUCUUGUCAUCAACAUCGGAGACUUCUUGCAGUUGAUGACGAACGAUAAGUUCAAAAGCGUGGAGCAUAGGGUACUUGCUAACAAAGCUGGACCGAGGAUCUCAGUGGCGUGCUUUUUCAGCUCGAGUGUGAUUCCGAAUUCAACGGUUUACGGACCAAUCAAAGAGCUUGUGUCUGAAGAGAACCCUCCGAAAUACAGAGAGUUCACUGUACCUGAGUACUCAAAGGGAUACAUUGAGAAAGGUCUUGAUGGAACAUCGCAUUUAUUGAAUUAUAAGAUAUGAGAAAACACUUCAAAAGAGUGCGAGCGUCUUGUUUGUGUGUGUUUAUCAGUCAGCUUGCAACUGUUGUGUUAGUCUUUAUCCAUGUUAAGCUACUCUGUUGAUUUUGUCGAAUAAUAACUCAGUCAGAGCAUCAAAUGAAUACCUGUGUCUGUGGCUUCUCUCAACUCUCAUUUGAAGCAGCCUGUGUGUGGUUCUCUGA